UAUUGGGAUGAGCAGACGUGUUUAGCAGUGCUCUAGUUUACUGCCUAUUUUGGCGUAAUGGACCCGCAUAAUGACUUUGAGAUAAGCAUGAAACGAAUCUUAAUUUAACGUAGAAUAUUUUGGUGGUAUUUGCAGAUGAGUUGAAUGGUGAAAUAAUUGAAUUAUAGGCUUUAAAAAUUGAUUAUUUUGACCCAGUUUUGAAAUUUUAGACUCACCAUCGCGUUAAUUCUGCUCUAGAUUUUUAGUAGUAAGUCUCGUGCUAGUUCUGAAGAGAGAUCCUUAUAGCCAAUAAUGUCAGACUCUGACACCUCGGUUAGUGGCUACGAUCAAACAGUGGGAGAAUGGGUUGUGGCGAGAAAGACCAAACGGAGCAGGAUAAGCAAGGCAAAAAUCGUAGCAUCAACGAUUACGGACGCUGAAGAAACUGUACCGAAGAGCAUUUUUUGUCCUAUCUCUCCUCUCACCAAUCAGCCUACCGCGGCCCCCGAACAGCUGACGAGUGCGACUAACUCUACGCAUACCGGCGAGAAUGACGACAAAGCAUCCCACGACAGGGUGGCGACGAGCGCGAGGGCGCCGACCCUGGACCAGCUGAUCCCCACUAGUGCGACGUCAGCCGACAAGAAACGUCUAAUCGCUGAGUCGGAUUGCAUUUUCAGUGGGCGCUACGACCCAGCUGCGGUGUGCUGUAUCAUGGCAUCCAUGGACGAACCCGACCUGAGAGAGCUCCGAGAACUGCUGCAUGCUGCGCUGUCUGCGGUCAUCCCGGCUGUCGCCGGCCGUCCUCUCUGCCGCCGUGUUACCGGCAACUUGGCUGGCCUAGCGGAUGACUGCUGGACCUUGGGCUACUCGGCGGCUCAAGGUAUGCUGACACAGCGUGCUAAUGCUGCCACUCUGAAGCCAGCGGGUCGCAAUCCCCUGCCACCCCCCGGUCCCACCCGGAGCCCGCCCUCGGACUCUGCUAUGUCGUGCCCCAGCGCGAUAACUUCGUCACUCGAGGCGAUCAUAUCCACCCAGCUGCGAAUGGAGAAUGAAAUUAGGGAGCUUCACGCUCGUCAAGCUACCCAGGAUGCUUACAAAACUCGUCUGAAACAGCUGGAACUGGAAAUAACUGGUCUCCGCAGAGAAUGUGCUGCUAGAGAUGACACGAUUGAUCAGUUGAAGGUCCUUGUAGAGGGACUGCUAGCCCGUGAGGGCCCACAGCCACGCCGGCCAGUCACCCCUGGAUUACAGGUGCAGCCGGGGCGACAUGACAGCGAUGCGAGGUCCGCUGCUAAUGAUGCUACUGCUGUAACUGAAGAGGCUCACUCUGACCGCACCGCCGCCCGCGAGAUUGCCGCCAACUUGGAUCUGCGUGCCCUGGGUGAGGCGAUCGCUGGUGCCCUGCAUUGGCGGGUCGGCGAUUCAGACAGUGAGCCAGAGCAGCAGAACACGCAUACCGUGUCUGAGCGUAGGACAGCGCAGCCCGCGAACCACAGUCAAGCAGCAGUGCCGACUGCGGCACCGACCAGCGACACGUCUGCCGCGGCUCCAGGCGGUCCGACACGGCGACAGAGCAUGGUGACCGGCUCUGGUCCCCCAUCAGCUCUGAUUCAGGAGCCGCCUCGUCAAGAAUCUCGGAAGGAGAAGUUCAUCCUGGAGGGCUUCCGUGUGGAUGUUGCUGACAGUGACGUGCGGAGUCUGGUCUGGACGGUUGUUCGCAAUCUCCAUGAUUUCCAAAGGGUAUCACGCCGCGGUCCUGCUGCCUCUGUAAGCAAGGCGUUCAAGAUUGAGGUUGAUGCUGAGGACACCGAUCGUAUAUUGGACCCGUCCAGCUGGCCGACUGGCCUGGUUGUGCGCCUUUUACCUCACCCUGUGAACACUGGGCGCCGAGGACAGCGUUUUCGCCGUCCUGCGGCCUCAUCUGGAAGAUCACAGACGACCCGGAGUGCUGCAAAAAGAACUGAACAUGGCAAUGCUAACUGGCAGGCGACGGCCCCGCGCCGUUACAGUGAUGUGGUCAGAGGCAUUGAACACUGUGACACUGCCUGGACGGCGGCCGCCCAACGCCGGGACGAAGAUGAGACCCGCCGGGAAGCAGUCACCUCACAGCGCUCCAGAGCCCCCAACAGAGACUGCACUCACGGCGUCGGUACAUCUAGCGCGGUCGACGCUGUCGGCGGCGACGGAAGUAACGCCACACAUGGUGACGGUGGCUGGGAAGAGGAAAGGCCGCGCCGUUAUGGACCAUUCGUGCCAGCUAGAUACCAUGGACACCAAGAUGACAAUGCAUGGGUGUCAACCUAUCAGCGCCGUGAUGGAGACGGACACUGGGCAACAGCCGCCUCUCACCGCCCAGGCGCCCCUAGUCGAGGCAGCGAACAGGACGCCGGCGCUCCCUGGGUUCCAGCUGCCUCCCGUCACGUCAGAGGAGGCGCCACACACGGUGGCAACGGAUGGAGGGCGACUGCUUCGCAAUGUGACGGAUCCGGAUACCGUGGGUGGCCCUAUCAGCGCGCAAGAGAGGCCACCUCCUGGGAAUAGCGCCCAGAUGGCUACUCCUGGGGGCCAUCCCUGUCCUGCUGCCACCGCUGUGAAGCAUGACAGAGCGGAGUGCCGUAAUGCUGUGGACGCAAAAGUAACUCUGAACAUGAGCCUCACUCUGGGCACUUAUAACUGCGAAGGAUUUCUCGCAGGAGCGCAGUAUAUCGCCGACUGUCUAAUACCUGAAUGUGAUAUCUUAUUUUUAUGCGAAACCUGGCUAGCCCGUGCCCAGGGUGCUUAUCUGGAGCAUGCACUCUCCUCUCUAAGCUCCGAAGAAUUUCAGGUAUUUCAAGAAUUCGCCAUGGAACUACCACCAGGGACUGGAGAUGGCAGACCCCACGGUGGCGUGGCUUUUGUUUGCCGCCGUCAAGCGGGGCGCACAUUUCGCGCUGUAGAGUGUAAUG